AUGCGCGGUGUAAGUUGCGAAACUGCGGAGACUUCAGGCAGCGAUACCGCGGAUUCGGAUGAAGGAAGUGCAUCAGAAGGAGAAGUUGAUGUGGCGGGGUUGAAUUUGGCGGCAAAUGAUGAGGAAUUGGAGGAAGAAGAAGAUGAUGGAGAAGAGGCCGAAGCUGAAGAAGCUGAUGCGAUGGAAGCCGAAAUCAUUGAGCUGGCGGAAAUAGAAGACGAUGAAAAGGGCCGAAUAGGCGCUGGCGCUGAUGGGAAAUGGUUGAAAGGACUCGAUUGA